AUGGCUAUGCAGAAUGCUGGAUGGACUCCAGUCCCACAGUUCGGAGGGUGGGACCAAAACGGACCAGACGCAACAAACUACUCGGUUGUGUUCUCCAAAGCUCGCGCUAACAGGAAGCAGAACAAAGCUGGUUUGAGACAUUCUAGCUUGGGAAGCGAACAAGAACUCAUGGCAAGCACUCGUCACCACCACCAGCAACUUCACCAUCGCCUCCAAUCCCAAGACGAUGACCCUGUCAUGCUUGUUUCCAUAGCUAUGGAAGGACUCUCUUGUUCGAACAAUCGAUCACCGUAG